GCAUGCCAGCCAACACAAGUCCUCAGAGACAGCAGAGCACACAAGUGUCUAGGACAAGAGCCAGUGAGAAAUCAGAAAGUAACCAGCUCCUGCAAACAUGACUUCCAAGCUGGCUUUUGCUCUCUUGGCAGCUUUCAUGCUUUCUGCAGCGCUCUGCAAAGCUGCAGUUCUGCCCAGGGUGGUUUCAGAACUUCGAUGCCAGUGUAUAAAGACACACUCCACACCUUUCCAUCCCAAAUUUAUCAAAGAACUGAGAGUAAUUGAGAGCGGACCACACUGCACAAAUUCAGAAAUCAUUGUGAAAAUUGUCACAAAGGAUGGAGAGGAAGGAAAAGAGGUCUGCCUGGACCCCAAGGCAAAGUGGGUGCAGAUAAUUGUGGAGAAGUUUUUGAAGAGAGCUGAGAAAGGAGGACAAUGAAAAAAAAAUUCAUUCUCUGUGGUUUCCAAGAAUUCCUCAGUGGAGAUGCCAUUGAAACUUCAAACAAAACUACUUCGAUGCUUCAUGUAUUGUGUGGGUCUGGUGUAGGACUGCCAGAUAAAAAAGGAUGCCCAGUUAGAUUUGAAUUUCAGCAAAACAAUGAAUAGUUUUUUAUAUUCCCAUGUAUACUGUCCCAUGCAAUAUCUGGGACAUACUUACAUUUAAAAAAAUUGUUGUUUAUCUUAAAUUCAAAUUUAGCUGGGAAUACUGUUUUUUUAUUUAUAACCUUAGUCUGGUGGCCAGAAUCCAUGAGUCCCAGUUCAACUGUGCCUUGGUUUCUUCUUUGUUCCUACACUUGAGGGAAAAAAAAAAAAUCAACCCAGUCAUCAGCCUACCUCACAGGGAUGUUGUGAGGACCUAUGGAAGCACUUUAAGUUUUUUUUAUGAUCAUAUAAAUUAUUUUCAAGUGUAACUUAUUCACUUAUUUAUUAUUUAUAUAUUUAAGCAUAAAAUAUAGUAAUAUUAGUACAUGAAUUUGGAAAAAUGGGAAGGGAAAUAUUGUUGAUAAGAGUAUAUACUUAUGUUAUAGUGCAUUUAUAUUUAUUUUAAAUAUUGAAUGAUGUAUAUAAGAGCAUUUGUUAUUAGGGUUGACAGACUUAUUAAAUUAAAAUACAGAGUGCCUGGUUAAAUUUGCAUUUUAGAUAAUGAAUAAUUUUUGAGUAUAAGUGUGUUGUUGUUUAUCUGAAAUUAAAAUUUAACUGUAAGUCGUACUUUUGCUACUCCUGGUCUUGCCUUGUCAUUGCCUACUUUGCUAUGGGGGGGCUGUGUUGGAUCAUCAUAAUCCUGAGUUAGAACUAUCUACCCUAAAAGAACAGAAAUUCACUAGGCAAUAUAAACAGUAAUUGCUUGAUGGUUAAAAUUUACGCAUUAUAUACAAAUAGACUGUCAUGAUUUCAUUGAAAUGAUCGUGUUUUUUUCAAAACCAGACUUUUUUUUUUUAACUUUAAGAUACUUUUGUGUGUUCUCAGAGAUUUUGUUUCUACCUUUUUAAUAGCAUGUCAACAUAAAUGUAAUUAUAAAACAUUUCAAAAAUGUAAUUCCUUGUCAAAGUCAUCAGGUGUUUGCCUUUGUAUUUUGUAAUUUUAAAAUUUACUGGGAAUCUCUUUGUUCAUAUUAAAAUCAUAUUUUGAUUUACAAAA